UAGCGGAUAUUUUCCUCAUCUGAUUGUUUAUAUAGUUAGGUAACUUCCUAGGCUUCUCACUGGUACAGCCAAAGGAGACAUGUUUUUGAGUUAGUAAUUUUCUGCAUUGCUGAAAUACAUAUUGUGGUGAAUAUGUUUAAUUAGAGACUUGUGCACAGCUGCCUGUAGGUUGUGCACAGGAAAUAGGCAGAGUAAAGCGGAUAACAUUACAGCGCGAGAUGGGUCGGGGAGGCGUCCCUGGUCGCUAUGGAGAUCGGGGUAACAUGGCGAGUUUUUCGAGCUGAUCAAACAGUGGUUUUAUUUUUGAUCUUUAAACUUGCUUUAGGGAUGCAGAUCUUAUGGUUUGUUCAGUUCCCCCUAUUAUGGGUAAUCUGAAUACACGCAAGGCGUCUGAAUUUUCGGAGGAAUGGAAUAUUACAGGAUAAUCAAAAAAAUUGGAGAAGGGACGUUUUCCGAGGUGGCGAAAACCCAAAAUCUAAGAGAUGGGAAAUACUACGCGUGCAAAACAAUGAAGCAGUCCGUCGAUAGUUUGGAGCAGGCAAACAACCUGCGGGAAAUUCAAGCUAUGAAGAGGCUGAAUCCCCACCCUAACAUCAUUCAGCUGCAUGAAGUCAUCUUUGACAAAGAAACGGGUACCCUCUCCUUGAUAUGUGAAUUAAUGGAAAUGAACAUCUAUGAGUUAAUACAAGGUCGGCAGCAUCCUUUACCUGAGAAUAAAGUGAAAUACUACAUGUACCAGCUAUGCAAGUCGCUGGAUCACAUGCAUAGGAAUGGUAUCUUCCACAGAGAUGUCAAACCAGAGAACAUCCUAAUCAGAGAUGUGCUGAAGCUGGCCGACUUUGGCUCCUGCAGGAGCGUGUACUGCAGGCCGCCACACACCGAGUACAUCUCCACUCGCUGGUACCGGGCCCCCGAGUGCCUGCUCACCGACGGCUACUACUCACACAAGAUGGAUGUGUGGAGCGCCGGAUGCGUCUUCUUUGAGAUCCUCAGCCUCAACCCCCUGUUCCCCGGCACCAACGAACUGGACCAGGUUUCCAAGAUCCAUGAAGUUUUGGGAACACCAGACCCUAGUCUCCUCCAUAAAUUCAAGCAGUCGCGGGCAAUGAGCUUCGACUUCCCCCUGCAGAAGGGCUGCGGGCUGUCGCGGCUCAUCCCGCAUUGCUCGCCCUCCAGCCUGGCGCUGCUGCACCGCAUGCUGGAGUACGACCCCGAGGACCGCAUCGGCGCCGGGGCCACGCUGCAACACCCCUGCUUCCGAGAGCUGCGGCUGGCGGAAAGGAGGGCGGGCGGCCUGCGCAGAGCUGUCAGGACCGUCGAAGGCGGAGAGAGCGGCACACCAGCCAAUCCCGUGGACCAGCUAUGGCGCAUUGCCAGGCAAGGACGGCGACAGCUCCUGGGCAGGCACGUCGCUGAGCCGCUGGUCAGGCAGGACGGGCCGCCGUUCCCGGUGGAGCUCCCAAAGCUAAAUGUGGUGAUGCCCACGCCAAAGAUUUCAUCCUUUCCCAUCAGCACCCUGCCAGCCCUCCCCGCCACCCACCGCGGGUCUCUACCAGCCAUCACAUCCAAAAAGUGCCACUCGCGCCUAUCCAAGCAGCCUACAGAGGACUCGCACCGGAGAAACUUCAAAACCUGCCUCAUGCCUUCCAUAGAUCCGAAGCUCAGUGGCUGCUAAGGUUCAAAUACUAAAGACUCAAAACAAGAGCGCCCCCCACAUUUCGGGGAAAGAAACUGCAGCAAGUCCAUUGGGCUGUGAGUCACCAGCCUAACAAAAAGGAGCACUUCUCAGUGCUUUUUAAUACAUAUACACAUGUUGUCACCUUGU